UACAAUUUUUUGCCCCCGAGGAGGGAGCGCGCGGCGAUUGGCGCCGCCGGAGCCACGUGCCCGCGCGUCACAUGGGCCGGGAGGAAAAAGGGCUCCUUUUGGUGUAAAUCUGGACUCUAAUUCCGUAAUAUAUCACGGUACCCUCGUAAAACCGACACUAAAACGUCCCGACCUACAAAUCACCCGGCCAAAUUAUGAGUUCAUUGUAUUAUGCGAAUGCUUUAUUUUCUAAAUAUCAAGCCGCAAGUUCGGUUUUCCCAUCCGGAGUCUUUCCCGAGCAAACUUCUUGCGCUUUCGCCUCCAACACCCAGCGAGCGGGGUAUGGGGCCGGAUCCACGCCUCCCUUCGCCGCCUCCAUGCCCGGGCUCUACUCCAGUGGCAGCGCCGUGCACCCCCAGCCCCCCAGCAUGUACUCCUCCGGUUACGGCCUGGAGCCCGGCUCCUUCAACAUGCACUGUUCCCCCUUUGAGCAAAACCUCUCCAUGAUGUGCCCGGGAGAUGCCUCCAAGCAGAAUUGCAGCAAAACGGACCAGAGGGACUCAGAUUUGCAAAGCGACAGUAACUUCCGUAUCUACCCCUGGAUGAGGAGCACAGGCACCGACAGAAAACGCGGCCGCCAGACCUACACCAGGUACCAGACCCUGGAGCUGGAGAAGGAGUUCCACUACAACCGCUACCUGACCCGGAGGAGACGCAUAGAGAUCGCCCACGCCCUGUGUCUCACCGAGAGACAGAUCAAAAUCUGGUUCCAGAACAGGCGCAUGAAAUGGAAAAAAGAAAAUAAAACUGCCUGCUCCGGCUCCAAUAGCCAGGAAAAACCAGACGCGGAGGACGACGAGGAGGAAUGAAAGGGGCGAGAGAUGGAGGCAGGAAACGUGGAGACCCACGCAAGAAUAAAAGGGGAAAAAACACACAGAAAAAGACUAUAUAUUAAAAUAGAUAAAUGAUACGCGCAUAAAUAAUUAAAAACCCUAGUAAUGAUGCAUUGUGUUUCCCGACACUGAAAAAAAUACUACCUAUAUUAAAUUUUUUUUUUUGUACAAUAGAAUGACUAUCUACCUAUUAAAUGUGGCUUUAGAGUCAGAAUAGACACAUUUUUCUAUGUGAGUCUUCCUAUCGUAUAAGUCAUUUGUAAAUCUCCGUUUGUACUUCGCUGUGUACUUUUUGGUAUGAAGUAACGUGGUCGUGUUUAGCACCUUUAAUUUAGAAAAUGUGACCUGAAAGUCUGAAUGCAAAUUAUACUUAGCAUAUAUAGUCCUGUACAUAACAUGAAUGAUUAUUACGCCUUCUCCCUGUAACCUCGGUGGUUCUUUUCUCCUUGCUAUGCUCUUUUGUCUGUGUAUAUUUUUACCUGGAUUCCUUCGUUGUUCAAGUCUACGAAAAAAAGAAGAGGAAUUAAUAUUGUACCACGUAAAAUGUUGUAUAUCAAAGUAGCAAAUAAUUUAAUGGCGACGCGUUGCUUUGCCCCACCCCCACCCCUUGUCUGUGAUUAUUAUU